AUGGCUGGCAAUGCGCUAAAGCGGCUUAUGGCUGAGUACAAACAGUUGACAAUCAAUCCACCAGAGGGUAUUGUAGCUGGACCAGUGGAUGAAAGAAAUUUCUUUGAAUGGGAAGCGUUAAUUGCUGGACCAGAAGGUACACCAUUCGAAGGUGGUGUCUUUGCCGUACGUUUAAACUUCCCAUCAGAUUAUCCAUUAUCUCCGCCAAAAAUGCAAUUCCUAACUGAAGUUUUUCAUCCGAAUAUUUAUCCAGAUGGACGUGUAUGCAUUUCUAUACUCCACGCUCCUGGUGACGAUCCAAUGGGUUAUGAAAGUUCAGUUGAACGUUGGAGUCCAGUUCAAUCUGUUGAAAAGAUUCUUUUAUCUGUUGUCAGUAUGCUUGCAGGUUUCUUGAGAACUAUUCUAUACUGUUCGGUCAGGAUCUUCUGCUUCUCCAAUGGCGAUAUGUGGUAUUGGUUAGUAAUAUCAAGGACAGCAAAUUGACUACGAUUUACCGAGGCGAUCGCAAUCGUUUUAUUUAAACCAGACUUAUGCAUACAGAAAGAGAGUGUGAUUAACCUCUCACUCCAUUGGUAAAUGAAUUUUGAUUUCGAUUUUGAUUACAUUAAUAAGU